AUGAGUGCUGCAUUGGAGUUACUGAUUAACAAAAACAACGGGCCUGAUGUUGAAGAAUGUAUAGAAAAACUAGACAAGCUUGGAUGGGAAGAGCCAUUGUACUCUGCAGCUCUUAGUAUAUUUUGUGAAGGGAGCAUAGGUGCACUAGACGGGGCAUUAGUACAUGUUGUUGUUCCUGCUAAUCAACAAAUUGUUUACAGAGGAAGGGGAAAAGGUAAAUGCUAUCAGAAUGUUCUGGCAAUAUGUGACUUCAAUAUGGUCUUCACUUAUGUUUAUGCUGGAUGGGAAGGGGUAGCACAUGAUGCACACGUUCUAACUAAGAUUGCAUCUAAUCCAGAUAAUGGCUUUCCAUUUCCUCCACCUAAUAAAUACUAUCUAUGUGAUGCGGCAUAUCCUAAUACUCGAGGAUUUCUAGCACCGUAUCGUAAUAUUCGAUAUUGGUUAGGAGAUUAUCAUCGUAGGCGUGCCAUAACGAAGGAGGAAAAGUUUAAUCAUGCUCAUGCACAGCUUAGAAACGUUAUCGAACGUUCCUAUGGAGUAUUGAAAGCAAGAUUUCCUAUAUUGGACAAGAUGGCUCCAUAUCCUAUUAAUAUCCAAAGAGAUGUUGUUAUUGCAUGUUUUGCCGUUAAUAAUUUUAUCAGGAAGGAGCGCAUCAAUGAUGACUUGUUUAAUCAUUUUGAUACGCCUCAAGUGAUAUUUGAUGAAGAAGGACAACAAGAAGAAGCAUUGGAUGAAACAAAUGGACCUAGUUGGACAGUUGAAGAUUCUCAGAUAAUGACCGAUAUGAGGGAGCAACUUGCACUCCAACUAAUGCAAAGAAGAUGUAAUACUUGAGAGUUCUAUAUUUUAGUUAUUUGAUUUUUUUUCCAGUGUUGGAGUGUUACAAUUUGAUGAUUGUUAGUUAAUUAUUCAAAUACUCUAAUAUUUAUGUGUCUAUAUCAUAACUGUA